AUGCAUCUCCCCUUUCGAUUAAGGAUUUUUAUCUACAGAUAUUUCAAUUGCAGUGCUGAGUGUUAUUUGCUGUCUCUUAUUUAUAUCAAUCGUGUCAUUCGCAUCAACCGCUUCAUUAUCAACACAUACAGCGUCCAUCGUUUGAUUCUCACCUCCAUGAUGGUCGCGGCCAAGUAUUUCGAUGACGUGUACUACACAAACACUUUUUAUGCUGAAGUGGGAGGCAUUAGUGUGAACGAGAUCAACAAUCUCGAAGUUGAUUUCCUCUGCCGAAUCGGUUUUAAUCUCUUUGUGUCUACCGAGGAAUUCCGGCAAUACUACAAGGACAUUGCGGAUCAUUGCUCGAAUUGCUUCACGUGCUGUAGGGAUUGCGUUAUUAUUAUUAUUCUAACCCGAAUAGACUCGAUUCGACUCCCUGAGCUCAUUAAUUGCGGUCCGAAAGGAGAGGCUCCGAUUUUGCGAUACAGAGAAACUCCUGCCAAUACCAACUUUUCUUUCAACGGAAUGUUCUCCAGCAACAUGGGAACGUUCAGUGGGUACGGGUAUCCGUCGAACGGAGGCUGCUACAGCGGAUAUUCGUUUGGAAGCAACCAAGGAAUGUUGGCGUCGAUGAACUAUGCUAGUAUGGCUAGUUAUGCCAGCGAUUUGGGAAAUAUAACGCCUACUUACCAAAUGUACUAA